UUCUCAUCCCUUGGCCUGUGACAGGUCACCAUGUGUCAAUCUUUCACAAUAAAGUGUUGCACAAAGGCACUGUGUCUGUGUAGGUAUCUGGGUGAUAAACGGCAGGAAGGACUUAGGCCACGAAGUCCCGGGGUGAGGUACAGCUGCCCAGCCCAGGAACCAAACUGUCAGGCCUGGGGCACCAGAGGGACUUCAGUUCCCAGGAGACCUUUCGCAUCAGCGGCCCUGAGAAACUACAGGAAGUGUACCUUACUCCCUCCGGGCCACCUACUGGCCAGGUACACACCUGCCCCGGCCCCUCCCUUACCUGGGGCAGUGUUUGCCUGGUGGCCACUAGAAACAGCCCAGCCUGGGGCCAUGGAAGAAAACCCAACCUUGGAAUCAGAAGCCUGGGGCUCCUCCAGGGGGUGGCUGGCUCCCCGGGAGGCCAGAGGAGGCCCAUCACUGUCCUCUGUGCUGAACGAGCUGCCCAGUGCUGCCACCCUUCGGUACCGAGGCCCUGGGGCGCUGCCUUGGGGGGUGCCGGAGGAGGAGGACGGGGAGCCUGGAGGAAGGAGCAGAAAGGCCUUCACAGAAGUCACCCAGACGGAGCUGCAGGACCCUCACCCUUCCCGGGAACUGCCCUGGCCCAUGCAGGCCAGACGGGCACACAGGCAAAGAAAUGCCAGGGACCAGGUGGUCUCUGGCUCUGGAACUAGGACGGACCAAUGGGCGCGGCUACUUCGGAGGUCCAAGGAGAAAACAAAGGAAGGCUUGCAAAGCCUGCAGCCCUGGUCAUGGACACUGAAGAGGAUCGGGGGCCAGUUUGGCGCCGGCACGGAGUCCUACUUCUCCCUGCUGCACUUCCUGCUGCUCCUCAACGUGCUGGCCUCUGUGCUUAUGGUCUGCAUGAUUCUGCUGCCCACCUGGCUGGGAGGCGCUCCCCCAGGCCCUCCCGGCUCCAACACCUCCUCGCCCUGCGGCUCCUAUAACCCCCACUCCCAGGGCCUGAUCACCUUUGCCACGCAGCUCUUCAACUUGCUCUCAGGAGAAGUAGGUGCCUGGGGCCCCGGCAGUUUCCCCCGCCCAGUUUCUGCCUCUCUCUCGGGGUGCCUGUGCCCCAGGUCUGUCUCUCAAUCUCCCUUGGACUUUGCCUUCAAUGACUGUAGGUGUCUCCGCCUCUUUGACUCUUUCUCCAUCUGGUGGCAGCUCCCCUACUCGGUGUCCGGGCUGAAGCAGACACUGCUGGCGGAGUCCGGGGAUCUGACCAGCUACAGCCACCGGGUGUUCUCGGCCUGGGACUUCGGCCUCUGCAGGGACGUCCACGUGCGGCUGCGCCAGCGCAUCAUCUUGUACGAAUUACAGGUGGAGCUGGAGGAGACAGUGGUGCGGCGCCAGGCUGCUGUGCGGACUCUGGGCCAGAAAGCCAGGGUUUGGUUGGUGCGUGUGCUGCUCAACCUGCUGGUGAUCGCACUCCUUGGGGGAGCCUUCUAUGGCAUCUACUGGGCUACAGAGAGCACCGUGGCGCUGCAGGAGACGUCCCUUGUUCAGGAGUUGCCACUGCUGAAGCUUGUGGUGAAUUACCUUCCGUCCAUCUUCAUCGCCGGGGUCAACUUUGUGCUGCCGCCCCUGUUCAAGCUCAUUGCUCCACUGGAAGGCUACACUAGAAGUCGCCAGAUCGUUUUUAUCCUGCUCAGGACGGUGUUUCUUCGCCUGGCCUCCCUGGUGGUCCUGCUCCUCUCUCUCUGGAAACAGAUCACUUGUGGGGGCGACUCCGAGGCUAAGGACUGCAAAACCUGUGGCUACAAUUACAAAGAACUUCCGUGCUGGGAGACCGUCCUGGGCCAGGAAAUGUACAAACUUCUGCUCUUUGAUCUGCUGACUGCCUUGGCAGUAGCGCUGCUCAUCCAAUUUCCUAGAAAGCUCCUCUGUGGCCUCUGUCCUGGGGCGCUGGGUCGUCUGGCGGGGACCCAGGAGUUCCAGGUGCCCAACGAGGUGCUGGGGCUCAUCUACGCGCAGACGGUGGUCUGGGUGGGGAGUUUUUUCUGCCCUUUACUGCCUCUGCUUAACACGGUCAAGUUCCUGCUGCUUUUCUACCUGAAGAAGCUUACACUCUUCUCCACCUGCUCUCCGGCUGCCCGCACCUUCCGGGCCUCCACGGCGAAUUUCUUUUUCCCCUUGGUUCUUCUCCUGGGUCUGGCCAUCUCCAGCGUUCCCCUGCUUUACAGCAUCUUCCUGAUCCCGCCUUCUAAGCUGUGUGGUCCAUUCCGGGAGCAGUCGUCCAUCUGGGCCCAGAUCCCUGAGUCUAUUUCCAGCCUCCCUGAGACCACCCAGAGCUUCCUCUUCUUCCUGGGGACCCAGGCUUUUGCUGUGCCUCUUCUGCUGAUCUCCAGCAUCCUGAUGACGUACACUGUAGCUCGGGCUAACUCCUACGGACGCCUCAUCUCUGAGCUCAAACGUCAGAGAGAGACGGAGGCGCAGAAUAAAGUCUUCCUGGCACGGCGCGCUGUGGCGCUGACCUCCACCAAACCGGCUCUUUGACCCCCGCAGCUCACGUCCCACUUUCAGACCCCAGGUCCAUUGUAAGCCUAGGUCACAACAUCUGUAAACUAAGAGAACUGGAGAAGACUCCACGCCCUUCCAGCUUUGGUAUCUGGAGAUUUCCAGGGCCCCUCGCCGCCACGUCCCUGACUCUCGGGUGAUCUUUCUUGUAUCAAUAAAUACAGUCGAGGUUGAUGAGCGCGCUUUGAAA